AUGCACGUCUUCGUUUCUGUGUCAGCAGCAGCAGCAGCAGCAGCAACAGCAGCAACAACAGCAGCAACAGCAGCAAGCCAAGGAAGAGAAUGCAUAGCAGCAGCAGCAGCAGGAGGAGCAGCAGCAGCUACAGCAGCAGCAGCAGCUAGAGAAGCAGCAGCUAGAGUUGCUGCUGCAGCAAGUGGUACUGCAGCAGAUGUUGAUUCGUUUGAUCUUUUGUUUAUAUCUGCUGCAGCUGCAGCAGACGCUGACGGGGCCCAGCAGCAACAGCAACAGCAGCAGCAGCAGCAGCAGCAGCAGCAGCAGCAGCAGCAGCAGCAGAUAAGCUCUGCUGCUCAGUGGGUUUACUCUAUAUACAAAGACAACAAUUUUUGGUUGAGUUGCGGCGGUGGGGCCCCUAAACAGGAGAGCAGCAGCAGCAGCACUUACCUCAGCAGCAGCAGCAGCAGCAGCAGCAGCAGCAGCAGCAGAGGUAGGACCACUGCCACAACCGUGGGAAUAGCAGCACCCCCCCGACUUGCAUGGAGAUGCAGCGCGACCCCAACAGCAGCAGCAGCAGCAGCAGCAACAGCAGCAGCAGCAGCAGCAGCAGCAGUAAUAGUCACAGCCUCGGCGGCAGCAGUGAAGCAGAGGAGAACAGCAGCAGCAGCAGCAGCAGCAGCAGCCUGUUUGUACUGGCGCUGCGCUCCUGGAGGAGACACUUCGUCGAUGCGCAGCAGGCUAGAAGACAACACCAGCAGCACAGCAGCAGCAGCAGCAGCAGCAGCAGCAGAAGCAGCAACAGCAGCAGCAGCAGCAGCAAAGGCGGCGCCGCAGCCACCCCACUCCUCCGCAUGCAGCUCUGCCUUCAGCACCAGCAGCAGCAGCAAGCCUGACAGCCCCCCUGCUGGUGAGCCGGAGGAAGCAGCAGCAGCAGCAGCAGCAGCAGCAGCAGCAGCAAAUGCGGCCAGUGCAGCAGCAGCAGCAGCUGCUGCUGCUGCUGCUGCUGCUGCAGAGGCAAUGAAGGGAUCGCAUAUGCAGGAGCACGGACUGAACGACACAGAAGCAGCAGAUGCUGCUGCUGUUGCUGCAGCAGCAGGACGAGUUGCUGCUGCGGAUGCAGCAGCAGCAACACGAGUUGCUGCUGCUGCUGCUGCAGCAAGCGCAGCAACAGCAACAAUGAAGAGCUUGCAGGCAUCAAUAGCAGCAGCACCAGCAGCAGCAUCGCUAUCACCAGCAGCAGGCGGAGACAACUCACCACCCAGUUGCGAGGGACUGCAUGCAGGAAACAGCAGCAGCAACGCGGAGACAACUCACCACCCAGAAACAGCAGCAGCAACAGCAGCAGCUGCUGCUGCUGCUGCUGCACCACAGCAGCAGGCGGAGACAACUCACCACCCAGUUGCGAGGGACUGCAUGCAGGAAACAGCAGCAGCAACAGCAGCAGCAGCAGCAGCAGCAACAGCAGCAGACUCGGAUGCUGCAGCAGCAAGCCGCCUGUAUGUGCAGCAAGGCACGCAGCAGACGCCUUCAGCUGCUACUGGUCUCUCUCCUGCAGCAGCAACAGCAGCAGCAGCAGCAGCAACAGCAGCAACAGCAGCAGCAACAGCAGAAGAUGCAGCGGACGCAGCAGCAGCAGCAGCAGCAGAGCCGCCGGCAGCCCCACCUGAAGCACUAGCAGCAGCAGCAACGGCAGCAACAGUAGCAGCAACAGCAGCAGCAGCAGCAGCAGCAGAUACUCCUCCUACAGCCACCCCAGCAGCACCCCCACCAGCAGCACCACCACCUGCUGCUGAAGGAGAAGGUGCAGCAGCAGCAGCAGCAGCAGCAGCAGAAAACCCAGGGAAUGCAGCAGCAACGGCAGCAUUGACAGCAGCAACACCAGCACCAGUAACAGCAGCAACAGCAGCAGCAGCAGCAGCAGCAGCAGCGCAUGCAGCUGAGGGAGCACCGCCGUUUCUGUUCUUCUCUCAGGGCCUGGACCUUACCCACCUGCUGUCUGCUAGUAGACAGCAGCAGCAGCAGCAGCAGCAGCAGCAGCAGCAACAGCAACAGCAACAGCAGCAGCAACAGCAGCAGGAUGGCUCCGCUGCUGCUGCUGUCGCUGAUGAUGCUGCUGCUGCUGAGACAGCUGCAGCAGCAGUUCAUCCUUCAGCUGCAGCGCAGCAGCACGAAGAUCUGCAGCAAACGACAGAGCAGCAGCAGCAGCAGCAGCAGCAGCAGCAGCAGCAAGAGGAACAUGAGCAGCACCCUGCUGCUGCGGAGGAUACCCCGCAGCAGCAGCAGCAGCAGCAGCAGAUGCUGCUGCUGCUGCUGCUGGAGUACCUGCUGCUGCCCAUGCUUCCCAACAAGAACAGCAGCACCACCACCACCACCACGACCACCAGCAGCACCACCACCACCAACAGCAGCAGCAGCAGCAGCAACAGCAGCAGCAGCAGCAGCAGCAGCCCUGCUGCUGCUGCUGCUGCUGCUGCUGCUGCUGAUGCCGCUGCUGCAGCAGCUGCAGCCAGACACAGAGACACACAACAAAGAACACAACAGCAACCUGCCCCCAGCAGCAGCAGCAGCAGCAGCGGCAGCAGUAGUAGCAGUCCUAGCAAUAGUAAUAGCAGCAGCAGCAGCAGCAGCAACAGCAGCAGCAGCAGCAGCAGCAGCGGGGAGGCGAAUGCUGCGGAUGGGCGUUAUAAGGACGUCGACGUAGAGAGCCCGAAUGCUGCUGCUGCUGGCAGCAGCAGCAGCAGCAGCAGCAGCAGCAGCAGCGCAGCAGCAGCAGCAGCAGCAGCGGGGAGGCGAAUGCUGCGGAUGGGCGUUAUAUGCUUCUGGCGGUAG